AAUCGGUAGGAGCUGGCCAGUGUGGCACAGGCAGAGACCGGAGCCCUUCCCAUUUCCUACGCUGUCCAUGGAUUUUGUUGCUGGGGCCAUUGGAGGAGUCUGCGGAGUUGCUGUGGGCUACCCUCUGGAUACAGUGAAGGUCAGGAUCCAGACUGAGGCCAAGUACACAAGCAUUUGGCACUGCAUCCGGGACACGUAUCGUCAAGAGCGGGUGUGGGGUUUCUACCGGGGCCUCUCCCUGCCUGUGUGCACGGUGUCCCUGGUGUCAUCGGUAUCUUUCGGCACCUACCACCACUGCCUGGCUCACCUUUGCCGAUUCCGGUACGGCAGCACUGACGCCAAGCCCACCAAGGCUGAUAUCACGCUCUCAGGAUGUGCCUCUGGCCUUGUCCGGGUGUUCCUGACGUCACCCACUGAGGUGGCCAAGGUCCGGCUGCAGACACAGGCCCAAGCUCAGACCCCGCAGCGGCGGCCCUCAGCCGCCUGGACGUCAGGGGCUCCUGCCCUGUGUGCUGCGCCCACUGCAUGGCUGGAGCCCAGGCCUAAGUAUCGUGGGCCGCUGCACUGUUUAGUCACAGUGGCCCGUGAAGAGGGACUGCGGGGACUCUACAAGGGCAGCUCAGCUCUGCUCCUUCGUGAAGGCCAUUCCUUCGCCACUUACUUUCUCUCCUAUGCCAUGCUCUGUGAGUGGCUCACCCCUGCCGGCCAUAGCCAACCAGAUGUCCUAGGUGUGCUGGUGGCUGGAGGCUGUGCUGGAGUCCUGGCCUGGGCCGUGGCCACCCCCAUGGAUGUGAUCAAGUCACGCUUGCAGGCAGAUGGGCAGGGCCGGCAGCGCUACCGGGGCCUCCUGCAUUGUGUGGUGGCCAGUGUGCGGGAGGAGGGCCCCAGGGUGCUCUUCAAGGGGCUGACGCUCAACUGCUGCCGUGCCUUUCCGGUCAACAUGGUGGUCUUCGUGGCCUAUGAGGCUGUGCUGAGGCUCACUCAGCGAUGGUGCACAUAGGGGCGGGCCCCCAGUCAGCAUCAGCCAGGUCACAGCAGCUGGAGGUGACGGGGAGCGUGGGUGGGCUAGGACCCCACAGGGCUGUCACUGGCACAGCAGAGGGCCUUCUGUGCAGUGACUAGGUGAGGCCUGCCCCGCUGCUGACCAUAAAGCCAGGGGGGGUCACGAGUCAAGGUUGUGUGAGUUUCCUUGAUGAGGACACGUGUCACUUGGAGCCGUUUGUCACUGAGCAAGUGUUCAUUCCUGAGUGUACUCCUUGUCCAUACUCAUGACUUCAGAGCAUACCCUUACCACCCCUACCGAGCACUUGGCCUCGUCAACUUCUGCGGAUUCACAUUGUCCCCUGAACAGACAAGCGAGGGAUCAGACAGCAAGCAGAGCCAUCUGGUACACGUGGGGCUUGUUCCCUGUCCUUGGUUGUCAUCACUGGCUGAGGAGCUGGUGUGGGAGCUCACUGGUAUCCACACUCACACUGCUUGCCACAUGAAGACCCUAGAGCCUGGGUCAUGAGUGGUUGUCAAUAAAUGUUUCUGAGCUUGCUCA